AUGUUGUUCAUGAAUACUUUAUCACCAAUCCUUACUUCAGCUUUCGACCUCACCACCGUAACAUUAAUCUCUUCCUUAAUUGUCCUCUCUGUUUUAUCUCUUUGUUUUAUUUUCCAUCUCCGUUUGAAAUCAAAAUCUUUAACCUAUCUUCAAGGCUUUAACUCUCUUUGGACCGUACGUUUCCUCCUCGUACUUUUCAUCUUCUUCUGGUGCAUCAUUGAACUUUUCCGGUUACCUUUUUUCCGGAGAAAAUAUCUAUAUCCACUUUCACCCUCCCUAGAUAUUACUCAACAAGCCAAUCUCUGCAAAAUCCACAUUGUUUUUUCUCUUGGAUUCUUUGAACCAGCUUUUCUCUUAACGUUGUUGUUUCUCCUCAACGCUUCCAUCAGAAAAAAGACACCAAACGACGGUUGGGCUGUAACCUUUGUGUUUAGCACGUGUCUUCCAUUAGGUAUUCUUCAAGGUUUACUUGUCUAUUUCAAUCCAUUGGAACAUCGUGUUCCGGCGUUGUUACGACAAACAUUUGUUAUUCUAGAAGACGACACCGUUCUCUGUGCUUACCCGUUCUUAAACAGCGUUGUGUUCGCGGCAUUCUCUGCUGCAUAUUGUGCAUGGUUAUUGUUCUCAUGUUGGAAGGUUUUAUCAUUGGUGAUUAACAAAGGAUUAAGGAUUCGAAUCUACGCAUUGGGUUCUGUCGUUUUGGUGGCUCUUCCUCUUCAGGUUGUGUCGUUGGCCUUCACCGUUCUAUGGAGUCCUGAAGAUGAUAUUUACGGCGUCGUUUCAUUGGUGGUGUUUUUCUGUGCUUUUUUCUGUGCUGUUGCUGGUGAGGGUAUUUUGGUAAUUAAGCCUGUUUCUGAUGCGUUGGCUGCUGGUGGAAACUGUUGUAUGUGGCCGACACGUCGUCAAGAUUCGUUGCCGGCGAAGGAAGAGAAGAUGGAGGAGGAGACAGUUGCUAUGGUGGAUUUAGAGGAAGGUGUGGCUCGAGGGUAG